AUGCUCAUUAAGAACAAUAAGAAAUGGAAGAUGGAAUCAACGCACUUUUUUGCGGGGUUCAUUGCUGGAGGUUUAAGUUUCGUGACUCAAGAAGAAAAUGUCAAAUACUAAUUCAGGGUACACUUAUUUGGUAGAGCUGUUGAUUGCAUAUAUAAAACUUAAGUUUAGAAGUCGAUUCAAACAAAGAAAAAUUAUACCUGUUUUAGUUUUUGCUCUCAUGUCCAACUUAAUUUCAUUAGUAUUCUCUUUUAACCUCAGAUCCUACCAUUAGACACAUAUAAAAUGUAUUAAAGCUUCCCAGGAGAUGAAAUGAAUGACUCAUUAUGGCAUAUGUGCACUGUUUAAGUUUGGAGAAAGAAAUUAAUGCAGCUUGCUGAAAGUUAUUUCAUUAUGGUUAAACUUUGA